AUGAGCGGACUCGGGAAAGGAGUGACCGCCAGCAGUGUCGGCGUCAUUCUGAAGGCUUGUGGACUUCGAGUUACUUCUAUCAAAAUCGAUCCUUACCUGAACACUGAUGCUGGAACAAUGUCACCUUUUGAGCAUGACGAGGUGUUUGUCCUUGAUGACGGGGUGAGGGUGGACCUUGACCUUGGAAACUAUGAGAGGUUCCUUGAUAUCAAACUGACGCGGGAUAAUAACAUCACUACUGGAAAGAUAACACAGGCUGUCAUCGAUGCAGAAAGAAGAGGAGACUAUCUGGGAAAAACUGUACAGGUUGUCCCUCACGUCACAGAUGCCAUUCAAGACUGGAUACAUCGUGUUGCUCAGGUACCUGUAGAAUGUAGAUGGAACGUCAAACCCUGAUGAUGUCUGUGUCAUUGAAUUGGGCGGAACUAUAGAGGACAUAGAAUCCAUGCCAUUCAUCGAGGC